CGGGUGCUGCGCGGCUGCGCGCAGCAUUCCACGUGAUGCUCCAUGGGCGAAUGCCGAGACGGAUGCGGUGCUCACCCGCCGACCAGGGAUGUGAUUUCGACAGCGACGACAGAGAGUGUGGAUGGGCGCGGCGGUUGGACGGUCGGUCGGGCCAUUGAUGUCGUUGCGGCGCAAUGAGCGGUGCGGAUCGGGUGAUUGGCCCUGGGCACCACAGCCCGUGCGUCGAGCGGCCCUGGUGCUGGCGAGUGCAUCGGGAUCGCCAAGAUGCUCCUCAAUGCCAGCCCUCAGGCCGAGUCGCCCGUCGGAACCAGUCCAGAGCGCGAGUCCGACGACUCCGACUCCGAUGACUACGAGCACAGGCAUAUGAAGGGCUGGACCGACGACGAAGAAAAAACAAUCCGGAAGUAUUAUGCUCUCGAGACGCUUUUUCCGACAAAAUGGUCGGACAUGGACGAAGGCUACGGGGCCGUAUCAUCCGAGUCUCCGAACGCCUCCAGCCCGGGUGCCGCUAGCCCCGGAACAGGCUCUCCCAUCAAGAGUACAUUCCCGAUGGGGCCCUUGAUGGCCGGCACUGCCGACGGGAACGAGUUUUCGGAUCCUCUGGGCAUCCGCGAUACCAUUUUGACGAAGGGGAGGAAACGACGCAAUGCCCGUGGGGCCGUUGGGGUUAGCUUUGCCAUCAUGAUAUCCAACAAGGCAUUCAGCCCCAGAACAUUUCUUCAGGAAGUUCACGGCACCACCUCCUUUCGCGACCUCGAGGCUGGCGUCGAGCGCUUGAAACUCUCGAUCAGCCAGCGCGCCGAGGUUACAAAAGACUUGGUCAAGAUGAACUUUUCAAAGUUUGUGAAUGCCAAGGAGACCAUCGACAACUUUUACCAAGAAAUGCGCGGGAAGAACCUUGUGUCAUCCGACGACUAUGGGGUCACGCCCCUAUGCAAGCGGCUUGAAAACAUAUCUCACGACUCCAAGGGUCUCUAUGGGGUCAUGCUUGAGCGUCGAUCCAAGGCUGAGAAGAUUCGACUGACCCUCAGCGUGCUCGAGCAAUGGAAGUUCUUCUUUCAGCUUCCGACAAGUCUGAAGGACUCGAUGAAGAAGGGCCGUUAUGAUGCUGCUGUUCGCGACUUCAAAAAGGGAAAGUACAUUGUGAUGUCAUGCUUCAGAACACUUCCCGCGAACUUUGUGCCCUUGGCUACGGGCACCAACGUCGAUCGCGAGUUCAUGGUCAGCGAAGGAAGCACUCUAUUGCCGCCGGGCCAGCAGGCGGUGUUCGAGAAGGUUUGGCUCGAGGUCGAGAGCAUAAUCAGGAAUCUCCAAAAGGACAUCCAGAAGCAGCUGAGUGACCCAUGGGUUCCCUUGGAAGUUCAGGAGAGAAACGUCAACUACUUGCUCGAGUUUGAUUCUGUGAUCGAUCCAGGUCGAUUUUAUCUCGAGAGCCAGUACAAGUGGAUCAUAUCUCAGCUCAAGGAGGCAUAUGUCAAACAUGAAAGGCUCGUCAAGCAUCUCUUCAGCUGCACCAGCGAAUUUCAGCAAAAAUUCUCGCCAUUUUACCAGGCUUCUACACUCACUUACCUGUCACUGAAUGACUUUUCAAAGCCUCAAUCGACUGCUCUGCCGCUUGGUCUCGACGAUCGUGUAUACAUCAAGUGGUCCAAGCGGUGGAACCUCGAGCAAUUCCGCAAAGCUCUCGGGAGUGUCGGCACAAAGGGCUUCGAGAAGAUCUUUGCGGACGACCUAAACACACAGCUAUGGGCGGCCUUGCUUGCUGUGGUUCAAUCAAUGUGUAACACUCUACGCGAAUGCCUUCCGGACUUUUGGAGACUGUGUCGAUCGUUUUGCGAGGGCAAGUUUCAGAAGGCCAAGGCUGGUGACGCGCCGCAGGAGACCAGCCAGAAGCAGAAGAAGCGCAUCGACCCUAAGCGUCUGGAAACCUGCGAGCAGAUGCUUCGUGACAUUUUCGAUAUGAACUCGUAUCUGUGCGGAAUGUGUUUCUUUCUGUCGACACCCUUCCAGGGACUGAUCGCCUCGGAUGGGCAGGCUGUGCUGGCAACUUCCACGGAUCUUUCGGGCCGAGGCGAUCCAAAGUCGCCAACCUCCAGCGCAACAGACUCGGCGACCAAAGUCUCUCCUAUUUCGUCCAUCAACUCGACCGGGCCUAUCAGCGCAUCCACAUCCGACACUGGAUUGUCACGGAUGGUUUACGAAUGUGUGGGCGAUCUGGCAUCAUUGCCGGCAGAGGCUUCGGUAUUUCUGACCCUGAACUCGCUGACAGGCUGCCACUUUAUGACCAAAAUCAUGGGCCACAUGGAGCACUGCUUUCGCGAGAUACGAGGAUUGAAGAUCAGCUGUGAGGACAGCAUCGUCAAAUCCCUUGGCGGUGUUUUUGAGAAAAUGAGGCUGCGGGCACUCGAGUCUAUGACUUGGUGCUUUCUUGAAGAGUCCCGGCAGUUCCAUAGCUACGAAACAUGGCUGCGCGAGGGAACAAAUCGUACCGACCAAGACGCCGCCUGCACCGUCUCUGAAACCACAGCGCUCCCGCUGAUGAUCUAUCGCUAUCAGCGGAUCGCCUUGAGUGCCCUCUAUCAGAUUGCCUCUCCAUUUUUCCCAACGGAGCUCUUUGCAGAACCGCCAAGCGUAUCUCCUCAUCUUGAUCUGAUCAAGCAUUGCAUUUUGCAUGGAAUAUUUGGUGUCCUCGAUGGAUUCUACUUCUUGGUUGCCCAUUGGAAGCGGGGCAUGAACGGAACUGAUGCUGAGUCUCGGGGUGAAGGCGGAACUGGAAAAAAUAUGGAACUAGACCACCCUAAGCUGUCCUUGAAGAGGCUUCAGGUUGUUGAUGAUCGGGGCGUUGGACAGUAUCUUGGGGUUGAGUUCAAGGAAGUCGACUUUAACGAUAUGGAUGUCAGGACAUUAGUUACCCUCUCCAACCUGCAAUACCUGCGAGACACGGUACUGCCUGGGAUACUCAAGCUGUUCGAGACCCGAUUCAAGGCUCACCUAGCUGCCGAAAGUCGGAUUAUCCUGAGCACUAUCGGCCAUUUGGACAAUAUGCUGUUUCAGAACUACGUGUGCCGGCGAAACAGGGUUCUUGAGUCGCUGAUCUACGACGGAGUACUGCUUUCGGGCAUGGAUUGGUCCAGCCUGCAGCGGCCUCAGGAAGUUCGUCCGUACUGUCAUCGGGUCCUACUGGAGCUCGUCGCGGCUCACUCACAAGUAAAGAAUCUAGCUCCAAAUCUCGUCAGUCGAGUCCUGGAGACGAUGGCUUCACACAUUAGUUCGUCACUGCUGGUGGCAUGGCGAAGCGUCGAUCUCAUUGGAUAUGCUGGAAUGCUUCAGGCGACGCUGGAGAUUGAUCACAUAGAAGCGGUGCUCGCAACCUUUGAGACACCAGUUUCCAAGGCACUCUUCAGUUGCGCACGCAAGGUCAUAGAGCAUAUGUGCGAUGGAAGGGUGGAAAAGUCAGAAUACACUCCAGAGGAGCUCGCCGAACACGUCAAGACUGCUCUCCGCAACGCCGAGGAAUCAACGGCCGUUCAGUUCUCGUGCUUCCUGAAGAAAUGAAAGUGCAAGUCAGGAAUGCUCGCUUUGGCAUCAACAAAUGGCCUCGACAGAGCCCCACCGAGCCUCGUCGAGCCUGAGUAAAUGCUCUGAAAGAUAUGGUAUUUGAACAGCUGAAUUGAGAUAUCGCCGCUGGAGCAGUCUUCAUUCAUAAUACAACUGUGGCAGCAACCGCGUUGUCACCUCGAGAUGCACAAGCCCCAAAGAAA